AUGAGGGAAUGCAUCUCAGUUCACAUCGGCCAAGCCGGAGUUCAGAUCGGCAACGCGUGCUGGGAGCUAUACUGUCUCGAGCAUGGCAUUCAGCCAGACGGACAGAUGCCUUCCGACAAGACCCUGGGUGGAGGAGAUGACUCCUUCAACACCUUCUUCAGCGAGACCGGUGCUGGCAAGCACGUGCCACGAGCUGUGUUCGUUGACCUCGAGCCUACAGUCGUCGAUGAGGUUCGUACUGGCACGUACCGACAGCUGUUCCACCCUGAACAACUGAUCACUGGUAAAGAAGACGCCGCCAAUAACUACGCUAGAGGCCACUACACCAUUGGCAAGGAGAUCGUCGACGUAGUACUCGAUAGACUGAGGAAACUCGCUGACCAAUGUACUGGACUACAGGGUUUCCUGGUGUUCCACUCGUUCGGAGGCGGUACUGGUUCAGGCUUUACCUCACUCCUCAUGGAGCGUCUGUCCGUGGACUACGGCAAGAAGUCCAAGCUUGAGUUCUCCAUCUAUCCCGCGCCACAGGUAUCAACGGCGGUAGUGGAGCCGUACAAUUCUAUCCUGACCACUCACACUACCCUGGAACACUCGGACUGUGCCUUCAUGGUCGACAACGAGGCCAUCUACGACAUCUGCCGCAGGAACUUGGAUAUAGAGAGACCGACAUACACCAACCUGAACAGGUUGAUUGGACAGAUAGUUUCCUCUAUCACGGCGUCUCUUCGUUUCGACGGCGCCCUCAACGUGGACCUGACUGAGUUCCAAACGAAUCUGGUUCCGUACCCUCGCAUUCACUUCCCUCUGGCGACGUACGCUCCCGUCAUCUCCGCGGAGAAGGCUUACCACGAACAGCUCACUGUAGCUGAGAUCACCAACGCUUGCUUUGAACCAGCCAACCAGAUGGUGAAGUGCGAUCCGAGACACGGCAAGUACAUGGCUUGCUGCAUGUUGUACAGAGGAGAUGUAGUACCGAAGGACGUGAACGCAGCCAUCGCUACCAUUAAGACUAAGAGGACUAUUCAGUUUGUUGACUGGUGUCCAACAGGGUUCAAGGUCGGUAUUAACUACCAGCCGCCGACGGUCGUCCCGGGAGGUGACCUGGCGAAGGUUCAAAGAGCCGUGUGCAUGUUGUCUAAUACUACCGCCAUCGCUGAAGCUUGGGCCAGAUUGGACCACAAGUUUGAUCUCAUGUACGCCAAGCGUGCUUUCGUUCAUUGGUACGUGGGCGAGGGUAUGGAGGAGGGAGAAUUCUCUGAAGCGAGAGAGGACUUGGCAGCCUUGGAGAAAGAUUAUGAAGAAGUGGGGGUUGAUUCUACAGAGGGCGAGCUCGAUGAAGACAAUGAAUAUUAA